AUGUUAAUCAAGACAAUCCGGACAAAUCACCUGCUUAAUCUUACAUACCAACUAUACAGCCAUGCUAGUGCCCAACGCGUUGUCGAUCUUGAAAAUAUCCGUCAAGGCAAGGGAAAGUUGAAAGCAAGAGAUACUUGGACCACUUGGCCUUUGAUAGAUUGCUUUAUUCCGGAAUGGCGGAUUGAAGACGAAGUCAAAUCUCUUGCUGAGGCGGUGGCUCGUCAGCUCAAAACUAAAUAUCUAUCGAGAGCACAUCGCAACCACCAAUCAGAAUCUCAGGAUAAUGUGGAGGAAAACGAUGAGGAGGACUUGGAACCUUUGUCUCCAAGUCUUCUCCAAGCUCUGGUCUGGCAAGCCACUAAGGUCCUGGUCUGCAUUUUGGACUCCAUUCUUGAACAGCGGCCAGCGGUAGCAGAUAGUAUGCAAAAUAGGAUGUGGGCAUUUAAUUGGGAGGGUGUUCUCAGAGUCUUAAUCUCGGGUAUGACUCUAGACAGAACCAAAAAAGCGCCUGUCUUCGAUAUAUGGCUCAUCCAAAACUCUUGA